CCGCCCCUGAGGGCUUCGGUGGGCUCUCCCGAUUCGAGGCCUGCCUGGAGGAGCUUUCAGGAAUGUCCGGAGACCCCCUCCCGCCGGGUAGUCUCCAUUGUCUCUAGGCUUUCGUCUGGAGAGGAAUGCGGGGCCGGCGAAUUUGAGCAAGGCCCUUUAGGUGUAAACGAAGGCUUUUGUGUGGGCUCCAAUUAAAUGCUGUUUCUGCACACCUGUGUUGCUAGUCGUUAAUUGCGAUUGCCUGGGAUGCACCGCCUUUGGUGGAGAUCAGAGAGCGAUGGUGGAAGUGUCGCUUAGGGGUUUGCUAGGCACUUGGGAAAUGACUCCCUGUGCUUUCUCUGUGUUGAAGAUUGCACUAUGCUUUUCACACAAAGGGACAUUAUUAAAAACUUUUUCUUUUUGGUUUUGGUGGGUUUUUGUUUGUUUUUUGGUUACAUGUGAGCCCUGGAUGCUUGAAAGCAAAUGAAAAGUGUUUAGGAUCUAAUCAAAUUGAUUUAUAUUAUUUGAGGCUUGAAUUAAGUCUAUUCUGUCUUCCACUAUCCCCUCUGUAUAUGUAUGUAUAGUGAUUACUACUACUGUUAGGUUUUAAUGAGUAUCUUACCAUAAAUAUACAUAGCCACUAUUUCAAAAUAUAUUAACAUCCACAAAAUUAGGGCAAUAUAAUAUUUCAGCACUCAGAUUUGUUCCUAAAACUUACUUUUCGCCAUGAUAUCCUAAGCCCAAACUUUAUUCAGCUCUCUUUAAGGGUUGAGUAACAGAUAAUGAUGAUGAAACAAAAUAAACGCAGUGCUAUUUCAGAGUUGUCUAUGUGCCAGCUACAGAGUGAGAAACUCCUAAGUUGUAGUUUCUAGUUAUUUAUAUACGUGUUAGAAUUCUAGUUAUUUAUGCAUAUGUUAUAUAUAUUUGUACAUAUAUUUAUGCAUAUAUACAAAUAACAAACUUUCAUUUGUUAUUUCUUAGUUGUCUGCAUACGGUUGCUUCCCUAUAUUCAAUGAAUUUAUAUUAAUUACUUGGUUUUGUAGCAUACAAGAAAGAAAAGGAGUGAACUGUAUACCAUAAGGAUUCAAAAUAGCACCUUACUAUUGCCAACAUUGGCAUGGCAAACUUGUGAAGGAAUUCCCUUUGGACUAGGUCCACUAAAAAUGGUGUCCAGGGCUAAGGUAUUUCAUCUUAUCAGUUACUGAAUUAUGAAGAUGAAUCAGAUGUUUCACUCUAUGGAAGGCGAGGCAACCAUAUUGUGAAUGAUGUUGGGAUUAAUGUCACUGGAUCAGAUUCUGUUGCAGUGAAAGCUUCAUUUGGUGUGGUGACCAAACAUGAAGUGGAAGUGUCGACAUUACUCAAGGAAAUUACUACACGAAAAAUUAACUUUGACCACAGCUUGAUACGUCAGACAAAAAGCAGCAGAAAGGCAGUAUUGUGUGUGGUCAUGGAAAGCAUUCGAACCACACGACAGUGCUCGCUGUCUGUGCAUGCUGGAAUUCGUGGGGAAGCCAUGCGGUUUCAUUUUAUGGAUGAACAGAAUCCCAAGGGAAGGGACAAAGCUAUUGUUUUUCCAGCACACACAACCAUAGCUUUCAGUGUUUUUGAACUCUUCGUUUACUUGGAUGGUGCCUUUGACCUUUGUGUCACUUCAGUGUCAAAAGGAGGUUUUGAAAGGGAAGAAACUGCAACGUUUGCGCUGCUCUACAGAUUGAGGAAUAUACUAUUUGAGAGAAAUAGAAGAGUGAUGGAUGCCAUUUCUCGUUCACAGCUUUACUUAGAUGAUCUUUUUUCUGACUACUAUGACAAACCUCUCGGCAUGACUGAUAUUUCUCUCAAAGAAGGGACUCAUAUCCGAGUUAACUUACUUAAUCACAACAUUCCAAAAGGACCUUGCAUACUCUGUGGAAUGGGGAACUUCAAAAGGGAGACGGUUUAUGGGUGCUUUCAGUGCUCCGUCGAUGGGCAGAAGUAUGUGAGACUUCAUGCAGUUCCUUGCUUUGACGUUUGGCACAAGAGGAUGAAAUAAAACAAAAAUAAUGAACGUACCUUGCUAGUGUUUUAGGUGCACCUGUGCCACACACCUUUCCAAAAUUUUCUAGGUUUGCUUUGAUGAAUUGUGGCAAAGUAAAGAGGGAGAGGAAGGAGAAAUUAACCUGUUUGGGCAUCAUUUUCUUCAUCGAUAAAAGGGAAGAUAAUAGUGUCUAUCCUAUAAAUUGCCAUAAAGGUUAAUAUUGUUUAUGUGAAAAAGGUUUAAAUAUUCAAAACAUAGCGAUUCCUUCCUGCCAGUUACUUUAGAAGUAUACUUGGGAAUUCAGUCUAUCAUCUUAACUUUACACAGCGAUUUUUCUCAAUAUCAAUUUUAGUUUUAAUUGGCUUUUAAGUCAACAUUUAAGAAUGACAAGAGGUUAAAUGUGGUGACUUUAUGGUGCCUUACCCACUGCCUUAGGUCUGGUAAAAUGAGAAAAAUGUGUUAAUAAUUUAAUGUAAUCCUAAAUAUUUAAUUGCGGUAUCAAAUUAAAAGCACACUGAGCUCA